GACUCCUAGGUCGAUCAAACCCUAAAACCCAUCACAACCCAAUCGAAAUUUCUAGCAGUAAGCUGCUUCGAGGACCCAAAGCCAUGGGUCCAAAGGUUAAUGCCAUGAUCUUCAUCUCCUUGAUUUUCACGUUGAACGUUUUGUCACUAGCACUUGCUUGUGCUCCAUGCACACAGCCACACCCACCUUCCCACCGUCCAAGCCAUCCGAAAAUACCACACCCCAAACCACCAACUGCGAAACAUCCCCCACAUCAUGGAGGGCACCCAAAAGGAUCCCCACCAACCAAAAACCCGCCUGCACCUCCCGUAAUUGUUCCGCCAAUUAUUAUAUCGCCACCUAUAGUUACACCGCCGGUAUCUAACCCACCUGUGACAUUUCCACCUCCUUCUUCUCCCUACCCACCCUACACUGGUAACCCUCCUUCUGGAGGCGGUGGUGGCGGCGGCGGAGGAGGAGGUGGCGGCGGUGGUGGUGGAGGUGGAGGUGGAGGUGGAGGUGGUGUUCCUGGUCUCAACCCUCCGCCUUCCCCUCAACCAACUUGUCCUAUCAAUGCCCUUAAACUAGGGCUUUGUGUAGAUGUGCUUGGAGGUUUGGUGCAUGUUGGAUUAGGCAACCCUGUUGAGAAUGUAUGCUGCCCGGUGCUUAAAGGUCUGCUUGAACUUGAGGCGGCUGUUUGUCUUUGCACUACCAUAAGGAUUAAGCUUCUCAACCUCAACAUUUUCAUCCCCCUCGCCCUUCAAGUCCUACUAACUUGUGGGAUGACUCCUCCUCCUGGUUUCGUGUGUCCUCCUCUCCUAUAAGGUUUCUUUUUUUUUCUUUUUUCUUUUUUUUCUUUUUUUUUUAAUGCGCUUAACUAAUGCUGUUCGUUAUUUAAUAAUGUUUCCGAGUCUUAUUAGAGUUUGGUAGUUUUUGCGUCUCCGGUGCUUUUGUUUUUUGAGUUACUCCUUGCAAAGUAAUUGACUUAUAAUCGUGGUGCUGCGACUGCGUCCGGUAGAAAAGAAAGAUACACGAGUUCGUGCUGCUUGGAGAAUUAAUGGUUCCACUAUGUCUCUCAUGAGGUACUCAUGUAUUUGAAGAGGGUUAAGCCAUCUUUGUUAUGUCUUGAAGUAAUGAUCUGCUCAGAAAAGAGAAGGAAAAAGUCUCAA